AUUAAACAUUGUUUGGAGCCAUCACUAGUAGAGAGCCCUCGUUGCCAAAGAGCCUGCUACUUGAUUGUCUUCUCUUGGUACAUUAUUCAAGGAAACAAAUUCCAGAGAAAAAUAAAAAUAUGACGAACAACUCCUUCUGUUUGGUGACUGACUCCAUUAAUAUCGUUGAUGAGUUUUUUGGAACCCAGCCUUGCUGAGUUCUUGUCGAUCUUCAACUCUUUUGCCUGUGCGAUUGCUUCCGCCGUUAAAGGUGAUCUAACCUAACCAGGAGAUGAGAUCGCGAUCCAGGGGCUGCAAAAUGAGAGAUCUGAUUUUCAAUUACCCAACCAAAACCGCAGCACCGGUUACCUCCCUCCACGCCGCUUCGAAAUUGCAAGUUGUCAUAUCCGCCGUCGUCACCUUUGGCCGAACAAAUCCAAUGCGAGAGAGGUCCAUUCCCGGCACCAACAUGAGAUUGCUGAUUGCCUCUGAGGAACUGAAACACAGGGUUUUUGAGGUUUCUCUUGCUGAUCUUCAAGGAGAUGAGGAUCAUACUUACAGGAAGAUCCGUCUCAGAGCUGAAGAUGUUCAGGGCAAGAAUGGCAUGGAUUUGACAACCGACAAGCCUAGGUCUUUGAAAACCAAAGACAGCUACACCCUAAGGCUGUUCUGCACCGCCUUCACAAAGAGGCGUGGAACGUACAUUACAUACAGCCAAACCCGCCAGGCACAACAUGAAUUCGGAUUCUUCAGUUUGAUAAGUGUUGUGGAGAAACCAUUUUUUGUUGUUUUUAACAUGGUCGAAGUGUCUAUUGGUUUCUUCUAUGUUGCAGCAUUGUGUAAGAGCACUGUUGCAAAAAUGACACAAAUGGACGAAUCGAGAUUGAAGAACAGUACAGCUAGAAGAGCAAAAGCCACUGCUGUGGAAAAGUUGAGAGAUGGUGAUCUUGCUGGAGCCAAAGAAUUUGCAGCCAGGGCAAAAGAACUGAAUCCGUCGCUUAGUGGUCUUCUCUGUCUUAACGCAGUUCUUGAUGUCUUGAUGGGUUUUGAGAAGAAAAUCAACGGUGAAAUCGAUUGGUAUGCUGUUUUAGCGGUCGAACCAACCGCUGAUGUUGAUACGAUCAAAGACCGGUACAACAAAUUGUCUAUGGACAUUAUUACGGACGGUGACAAAUCUGUGGGUGGCAUUAUUGAAGCAGAGAAUAUAUUGGCUGAGACUUGGAGAGUUUUAUGUGAAGAUGCAUUUGAAGUUAUUGAGCGUCCAGAUGCAUCGACGAGUCAUGUUGAUCUAUGGAGUUACAAGAAGAAGACGAUCAUGAGAACGAAUGAGGUUCCAAUCCCUGGCUCGGAUGCUAUUUCGGUGGUUUCGCCGACGUCUAUUGAACAAAGUCCUCAACAUAUUCAACUGAGAGUUACAGGUAGUAUAAAUCAGCUAAGGAGAGGCAGUCAGGUGGUGAUGGAAGAAGAAAAUGAACAAAUGGUGCAAGAAACUCCAAUGAGAGUUCCAAGUUAUGUUAACCAGCUAAAGAGAGGCAGUCAGGUUCUGAGCUCUAUUUAUACUCCGGUAAUCUUGUCGGCGCCUGAACCUUUACAUCCACCGCAGAGAUGUAGUAAAGGAAAGGAACCAAUGGUUCAACCUCCUUUGAGAAUUCUCGAUCAGGAUCCCAACUUAAUUCCGGUGGUUUUGCAGCCUAAACCUGCUCAAAGACUGAAGAUGUUUGAUGGAGACGAGGAAAGAAAUGGGAAAAUCUCACAGAGUUUUGGAUCGCCGAAGAAAUGGUUGAACCUCCAUUGCAAGCUUCUGGAUUUGAUUCAAGAAACUUUAGUGAAGCUG